GUCGGGUAGUUGACGUGAUUGGGAGUAGCCAGCGGCAGGGUUUGAGCAGCUUGGGCCUUUGCAAUGGAGGUGGAGCAGGAGCUGGAGACGCGGCUGCGGCAGCUACUGGCAGAAGAUGCCUCGCAGGGCUUUCGGUCCCUUCACGCACGGCUCAAGCAGGAGCCCGCUUUUGCAGAGCUGCCUCUGAGAAAGGUGCAGACUUCUUUGCAGCAGCUGCGGCAGACGUGCGCAGGGCCGGGAGAGAACCUGUGGACGGCUGCCAGCGAUGGGGACAUCGCCCGCGUGGAAGAGCUGAUCACACUUGAUGGAUUCGCGCCCAGCUCUCAGGAUGAGAACGGCUACACGCCGGUCAUGGCAGCUGCGUCUUGGGGCCAUGCCCAGCUGCUGUCUCAGCUCUUGGCGCGGGAGCCACUCAGCGUCCACGUGGCCGACAGCGACGGAGACACGGCGCUGCACCACGUGGCCCAGGCCACGGAGCUGGAGGCGGAGCAUAUCCAGCCGGUGCUGCAACUCCUGCUGGCGGCCAAGGCAGAUGUGGCGCUGAGGAAUGCCGAAGGCAAGACCUGCAUUGACUGCUGCGCGACGAUGCCAGAAGAGGGAGAGGAGGAGCAAGAGCCUGAGAUCAAUUUGACCUUCUUGAAAGUUCUGGAAGAGCUGGGCGUCAAGGUUGCCUCGUGAGGGAUCCCUGCGUCGGGAUGGUUCCUUCAGCGCCCGGCUUGUUUCGC